UGGAGUAUAUUCUACCCCGUCUACUGUGAGAGAAACAUAUCCGACAGAAACGCUCUUCGGGAAGCUGUAAUACUUGUCAUAUUUCGCAAUAUCACGGGUAUGAUAUAGACCGUUCAAAGGAUACAUAAAAAAGAUAUUAGUCAUCCAAGAACAAUUGGAGUUAAUUUCACGACAAUUCCUUUCGAGAACACAACUAUAUAGUCUUGUGAUCGACAUAAUACUUCACAGCCUGCGUUCCAAUGCAGAACAGGUUAUAGUUUGCUAUAACAUCUUCAACAAAUUUGGACUCGUCUCGAAAUCACCAUGGGUUGCAACAGUUCAAAGUCAACUCAAGUCAUGGAACUUGGUCCUGAUGGCGAGGUGGUCAGUCGAAAAUCGUCCGCGUCGUCGAAACGGGGCAGGAGUGCCGGCAAGAACGUCCGCGAUGUCAACGAAAACUCAAACGACGUCGAGGUUCUAAAUGAUAAGCUGGGAUCGACGGGCUCGUUGGGAAGUCAAAUGGAUAAUAAAUCUCAAGAUCGUUUGGUGUCAUCGGCGACGAGCAAGAUCUCGAGAAGGACAAUGGACAGUGGAUUGGAGGCUGACUACGGAAAUGUGAUCACGGAAUAUUCACAUCCAAACAUGAUUGAUGACAGGCCAGAAACACCAGAUUUGUUUGUCUCUGGGACGAAAUGCGAAUCCAGGAAGAGCAGUGGUAACACAAAGGCUCGCAACGCUCAGACGACGGAGCAGAUCUUGGGUGAACUCAAGUCUCAGGGGAUCAUCAGCACUUCUUCAACAGCUCCACAGAUCGCACCAAAGAAAGGCGGUACAUCCUUCGAUGUCAUGAUCGCUAUCGACUUCGAUGAGCUAAAGAAACCUCCUCCCAGGCUUGCCAAGCUGAAGAAAAAGAAGAAGAAGUCCAAGAAGCUGACCAAAGAGGAGGUCGACGCCAAGCUGAAGGCCGCCGAGGAGAGGCGAGAGGCUAAACGCAGUAAACUCCGAGCCAAGUUGGACACCAUGAAGAAGGAAGCCGAGGUGCACCAGAACAGCGAGGCGCAGGAGGAGGCGCAGAAGAAGCAAGUGGCUGUAAAGGUCAAUGAAAGUCUAGAUCAGGCAGCAAAGAAUCGCGAGGCUCACUUCAAGGCCAUGAGGGAAAAGCUGGAGCAGAAGAAGCGGCAUGCGGAGAAGGUCAGGCAAGCCAAACUGGCCAGGAUGGCUGAAAAAGAACAGAAUGGUGAAGGUGAAGAAGCAGGACAGAAAAAUGAAGAAGAGGUGUCUGCUGUUUGAAAGGACAGUCGAUACAUCACCUGUAUUCAUUGAUACCUCCUAGUGAUGCAUGAGCAGUCGGGCCGAAUCUAUGGGUUAUAUCGCAAUAUCAUAAACGCUGCCAAUUAUGUGCCAUUGGUUUGUUUACUAUAUAACCCGACGGCCUUAUGCAUCUGUUAUGAGAUGAUGCCCGUCUAUAAGUUCGUCAAAGAUAACUUAUUGAAAGUUUAAUGGACAAUGUCCAUGACAAGGGCAAUUUGGUGCUUAUCAAUACAUGAACAUUGAAAUAUCAUGUCGAUAGGUUGACGGUAAAAAAAAAUUGACGGCAUGCUUAGCACAUCUCGUGAAAAAGUAAAUUUGAAUUUCUAUCGUAUUACUAUUUUAUGAGGGAUUGCUUAAAGACGCAGGCCUAAAUAUCAUACGAAGAUGAUUCAGUUCAAAUUCCGUCCGGGAUAACUAGUUCGGGUAUUACGAUUGAUAAAUGUUUUCCAGACAAAUCCGUCCAUUUUCUGGUAGGCUUAUUUUAUGUCAUAUACAGAGCAGGGCUCUAAUAUAGAUUCGUGACACUGGAUGUCAAUAUUUUAAUGAAUGAUUUUUGCUAUGUACUUUUUUCGUUAAAGGAGAAUGAAACCCUUGAAACCAGCUGAAUCCAUAUCAAAGAGAAAAAUCAAAGAAAAAUAUUGUUGAAUGUUUGAGGAAGAUUGAAUGAAUAAUAAGAAAGUUAUGAGCAUUUGAAUAUUGAGAUCACUGGUGCCAUGUUGAUCCUCCCAUCGGCAAUGCGACCAAGAUCUGUGAUAUCACACACGUACAACUCCCUUAUUACUUUAGUACUUAUUUCACUUAUAUUCUCACUUUUAUAGAGUCUAUCACAAGGUGAGGUGUUCUCUUUAUGAGAUGACAAGUACAGAGGUUUCACAACAUUAUAUCAUUGAUGAAUCGUUUGUCAUUAUGAUUAGAAUGAGCAAAAAGAGAUGUUUUGGGGUAUAUUUUCAGUGUCCAAUUGGGAGAGUUGUACGUGUGUGACAUCACAGAUCUUGGUCGCAUUGCCAAUGGGGGGAUCUCCAUAGCAUUAGUGAUCUCGACAUUCAAAUGCUCAUAACUCUUUUAUUGCUAGUCCUAUUUUACUCAAAGUUUUGUUGAUCUUAUUCUUUGAUUUUUCUGCUUUCACAAAAGCUAACUUGCUCCAAGAGUUUCAUUCUCCUUUAAUGUUUAAUAUUUUGAUUAUUACUCCUGGUGAGUGCACACGUUAUAAAGGCAUAUAAUAAGUAUUGCUAAGAAGAAUUCCCUUCGUACUAUUUCACAAUGUACUUCCUUUACCACCAAAGGCGAUUGAUUUAUAAUAAUUCAGAGUAUACUUCUAAUUUUCAGUAUGAGUUACCAUAGUAACAAGGGAGUAAAGUGGUUAAUUUUCAUCAAAUUCUUAUAAUUAUCAAUAUACUAGGAUGAUGAUGGGAAUUGCCUAUUGCUGCAUUGCACAUUCUACAAAAAUAAUUGUUUACAUAUUCAUUGUUUAAAUGCCUUUAUAAUUAUGUCAUUUUACUUAUGUUUGAAACAUGCUAUUUAUAUUUUGUCGUUCAUAAUAAUUCGUUGUGCUGAAGAUUUGAUAUUCACUGUGUGAAUGAAAUAAAUGAACAAAAAUAUCA